AUGCCACAGAAGGGUCCUCACCUACUGAAGUCCCUGGCGACAGCGUCGAAGAAGCCCCAGCAGACGGUGCUGGCAAGUCCACGCACGGAACAGGCCGAGGAGGCGCCGGCAGAUGGAGUCGGCCUUUCCGAGGCACAGGCCGAGGACGCGCUGGAAACAGGCGUGCCCAAGCACGGCGCUGGCCGACGCGAGAAGGAAACGCUAGCCCUGGAGGAGUAA